UAUAAGGCAAAAAUUCCAAUCUAAUUGAAUCUGAAUCUAUACAUUUAUGUUAUGAGCUUAUAUGACAUUGUGUUGUAUAUUCCAGUCAAACCGAUCGACCCCAGCAGCAGCUCUGCGCGUCACAGCGGCUGAAUGAAGCGGACUGAAGCUACAGCUGCAGAGACUGCAGUGGAAACGCGCUCUGUGAGACCACUGUACGAGCGCUCACCGGCUCCUGUGCAUCCAGUUUGAGACUCAGUUGAAGAUGUUGGGCAAAUAUAAAGUCUAGGUGUCCCUUUCAUCUGUCCCGUCAGUCAAACCCCGGGGGUUCAUUAUGUUCCACCAGCUGACGGAUCAGACGGUGAACGGCAGCUGUCAGGGAACCACCUUGGACUGCAAUAAGAGCGCUGACGGAAACGCGCUCCAACUCCCCACUUUUUCAACCGCAGCCAAAGUACGAGUGAUCAUUACCUUCACUCUGUGCGCCGUGUCCGCCGUGUGCAACCUGAUUGUGCUGUGGGCAGCCGGCAAAGGCGGAAAGCGCAAGUCUCACGUCAGGAUCCUCAUCAUGAACCUGACGGUGGCGGACCUGCUGGUGACUUUCAUCGUGAUGCCCGUGGACGCGGUGUGGAACAUCACGGUUCAGUGGCAGGCGGGGGACGCCGCCUGCAGGCUGCUUAUGUUCAUGAAGCUUGUGGCGAUGUACUCCUGCGCCUUUGUGACCGUGGUGAUCAGCCUGGACAGGCAGUCUGCCAUCCUCAAUCCUCUGGGAAUCAGCGAGGCCAAGAGGAAAAGCAAAAUCAUGUUGACCGUGGCCUGGACCAUGAGCUUCAUCCUCUCACUCCCGCAGAUGUUUAUUUUCCACAACGUGACCAUAACAGUGCCUGAGACCUUUACCCAGUGCACCACCCAUGGUAGUUUUAUCCAUCGCUGGCAGGAGACCCUCUAUAACAUGUUCACAUUCACGUGCCUCUUCCUCCUGCCCUUGGUCAUCAUGAUUUUCUGCUACACGCGAAUCCUGGUGGAGAUAUCCAGCCGCAUGGCUCAGAAUAACACUCUGUCCAGAGACAUCCAUCUCCGGCGUUCUCACAGCAACAUCCCGAAAGCUCGGAUGAGAACUCUGAAGAUGAGCGUCGUCAUUGUGACUUCAUUCAUCAUCUGCUGGACGCCAUAUUACCUGCUUGGCUUGUGGUAUUGGUUGUUUCCUGAAAAAAUGGAGGAGACGGUCUCUCAUUCGCUCACUCACAUGCUGUUCAUAUUUGGCCUCUUCAAUGCAUGUUUGGACCCCAUCACCUACGGCCUGUUUACAAUUCACUUUCGUCAAGGUCUGUGGAGACGUCGUCAACGUUCGACCACCCACACCGAGUUAGAAAACAACACCUGUCUGGUACAAGUGUCUGGCUUACCAUCUCGCAGGCAGAUCACCUCUGGUGGUUCCGGUAAACAAACAGGGGAGGAAAGUGACAGCAGCAACUUAAAAAAUGCCUCCUGUCCCGUCAUUUCAGUGAGUAAGGUUUAAUGGCUGAAAGCCUUUCAGGGAAAAGCAGGUGUACUUACUUAUUAAUGUUGGCUGCUUCAUUGAUCUCGUUAUGUAAAGCCUAAUGUGUUAAAGUCUAAAAGUGUUGGAAAUAUCUCAUUUCAAUUACACCCAGGUCGAAUGAAAAGAUUUAGAAAAGUAAAUGCAAAAUCUAACAUGCUACUGUUUUUGUAAAGAUUGAAGGAGACCAUCCAUAGAACGCAGCAAAAGUUUCAUGAUGACAGUGACUCUUAAAAAACA